CAAAGACCGAGGUCUGAUUGAGCCCCUCGAAGUUUGACUUCGCCCACGAAAGCCCACAAAAGACCUAAAAAGGUACCUACACAGUAAGGCUUUUUGGCAUCGGCUUAGCUAAUAAAUCUCUGCGCACUUUUCACCCGCCAGGUCAAGUGGUCCACACUGAAUGCCCACCUCGAAUUGCUAGUGCAAUCUCGUCCUUAACUGUCUUCGAACUCCAUCCUUUCUGUCCUUCACCUCUUUCAUUUUGCUCUUACGACCACUUCCCUCUUUGCUCUUUUCUCUUCUAUAAACACUUCUUCAAAAUGGCUGACGACGCCCAGCAUGAGCACGUUUUCGAGGCCGCCGGUGAUGCCGGUGCCUCCAACACCUUCCCUAUGCAGUGCUCCGCCCUGAGAAAGAACGGUCACGUUGUCAUCAAGGGCCGUCCCUGCAAGAUCGUCGACAUGUCGACCUCCAAGACCGGCAAGCACGGUCACGCCAAGGUCCACCUUGUCGCCAUUGACAUCUUCACCGCCAAGAAGUUGGAAGAGCUUUGCCCCUCCACCCACAACAUGGACGUCCCCAACGUCACCCGCCGCGAGUACCAGCUCCUCGACAUCGACGAUGAGGAUGGAUAUCUCUCUUUGAUGGAUGCUGACGGCUCCACCAUUGACCACAUCAAGAUCCCCGAAUCCGGUGAGGCUCGUGAGAAGAUCAUCAAGCUCUUCAAGGUCGACAAGAAGGAUACCAACGUCAUCAUUCUCACUGCCAUGGGUGAGGAGGCUGCCAUUGACGCUAAGGAGGCUCCUGCUUCUUAAAUGACAACAGGAUAGAAGGCUUUGCAAUGGGUUGUGAAAAGAUGGCGAAUGCGGUUGGGAACAGCUGGGAUCUUUGAUCUUGGAGGUAAUGGAAACAUUUACCUUCCCCCUUUUUUAUUCCAUAUGGGGCAUGUAGCUUGUCAACAUCGUCGGAUUAUCCUCGGCCUUCCUUUUCCGAUCUGUAGCAGAGAUCUUUCCCUAGAGAUGGCAUGAAAUCUGGGUUCCUUUUUUUUUCCCAACGUCUAUCGAGCAACUCUCCUUGCCUUUUCUUACCAGUCAUCUGCCAUUCCUGACCUAUUUUCCUUUAAAAAAAAACACUCCGUCUUGGAGGUUGACGAUAGUGACGUUAAAACGAGUUUAUCUAUAGUCAAGUUUGUUAAGUCAACCAUCAUAGCUUGCCAAUAGCCAUGUUUCGAAGGUGUGAUCUUAGUAGUGAAUUUAGCCAAGGUUGAGUUUAACGGG